UCUUCUCUCGCUCCUUUUUAAUGUCUUCUGAUCAAUUAUAGGAUUUUAGCUUUUGUUUCUAUUUUAUUUUAAGUACUUUCUGUUGAGAUCCAUACAUGGGGAAUAGUUAAUGCUUCCAGACAAUAGUUACAAUCACAAAAUCACCCAACCAACCAGGUAGUGAUAUUGAUAUCCCCCAGAGAAUGACUGGCAAAAGAACCAAAUUACGUAUUCAAAGUUGAAUAAACACCCAAACCAGCUAAAUCACAAAAUUACCCAAACCAAAUUGUGAUAUACUCCAUGAAAAGUGUCCAAAAUCUAACAGUAUAAACCAAUUAAAAAAUUAACCGAAGUAUGCAUGUAAGAUAGAUUCGAACAAAAAAGAUAGGGAAAUUACAGUGGUCCGUGAAUUGGGUCAGAAGCAAUGAAUUCUUCAACAUCGAAUUCAGACCAAGAAGGGAGUGCGUUAUCGGGUUUGAUGAAUCUGGAAUAGUUGUCCAAAAAUGAAAUCCAUAUAUUGAGAUCAAGAAAUAGUUGGAGUGUUUGUGUGUGUGUUGGUAAAUGGGUUUUGAAACAGAGGUGAUAUUAGGGGUGGAUGGAGGAAGCACUUCAACUUUUACUAAAAGAAGGGCAAUUUGCUUCCCUUUUUUCCCCCUAAAAUGGGCUGAAAAAGACCUGUCAAAAUGGGUAAACCCUAAUUACUGUUUGCUUUUUGAUUUCUUGGCCAUCUGUUAUAUGUUUGUGUUUUCCAAUAUGUUUUGAUGUUAGAUUUGGUGUUUCUUUCACUUGCGAAUUAGAGAGUGUUUCUUGAUAUCUCAUGGGUAUUCGCAGCGUUUAAUCAAGAACUACAUAAUUAUUAUGGAAACUGUUUUGUAUAUCGGAUUUAUAUGAUUUUCUUUGGAGUAUUUUGGAAGAUGAGGUUUGUUCGGUAGCAAUCAGUUUGGUUAUUUGUUAUAUAUAUAUAUAUAUAUAUAUAUCUCUCGUUACCCUUGAAUUGUUAAAAAUUAUUUUACUUUAUUUGUUUUUGAUUUUAAAGAAGCUUAACUGAGCAUGGAUAUUAAGAAAUAUAAUUUAUAAAAGCGAAACUUUCAUUUAUGGAGCCCUUAUUAAUAAUCUUUCUUUUAGUGAUGUUUUUACCACUCCGAAGCUAUUUUACCUAUGCUAUGGUAAAUAUUUUAUCUUUUGGGGCAUAAAAGCCAGCAUUGUUUGGUGUCUCACUUAGUAAAAAUUACAACUUUAAGGGAAAACCAAGAGUUUUGAGGAAUUGGAUUUGAGUGAAGAGGUUAUGGAAGCUUUAGGUGAAAUGGGUAUUUCUGAACCAAAUGAAAUUCAGUGCAUUGGGAUAUCUGCUGUUAUUGAAAGGAAAAGUGUGGUCUUGGGUUCACAUACGGGUUCCAAGAACUCUUGCUUUAAUCAUGAAUUGUGGAUUGUAUUUGCUGUUAGUUUUUGAGUAAUACUACAGCUUUUGGGUGUGUUCUGUAUGAAGGAGACUGUAAACAUUUCUAUAUAAUUUAGACAUAUACUAUGGAGAAAGUGUAGUUUUGGGUUCGCAUACGGAUUCUAGAAGCCUCUUGCUUACAUGUUAAGCAGAACAAUAGAGAACACAUUUGACUAAUCCCACAAAAAUAUCAACUGCAUUCUUAAUCUUAAACUUCUCAAAUAUAAAUCACGCAAAAGGACAAAAAGGUUAGCGGCUCCUCUUUUAAGCCUUGUUAUAGUGUUGUGGUUAGAGCUGGAAGAGAUAAACAAAGGCCUUUGGACAACUCUAUCAAAACAGAUGGCGCCACUAAGGUGGUCCAUUUAACUUGGAUUGCUAUGCGCUUCUCUUUUUUGAAUAGAUGCAAUCUUUUCACGUUGUAGGUAAAAUAUCGUUGCUGGAUGAUGAGCAGCUGUUUUAUGAGUUAAUGUGUUCAAAAUGCAAGAACUUUGUUAGGACCAAAAUAAUAAAGGCUAUUGACUGUGUAAACUGUGAUCAACAAGCAAUGUUAACACCGAGGUGCCGCUUUCAAGUCCAAAUUACAGAUGCAAGUGGAUCGGCAAUUGCAACAUUAUUAGGUGAACCUGGAGAGAAUCUUCUUUCAAUGAAAGCUGAACAAAUCCAUGAAACAAUUAACAUAAAGAACGAAUCAUUGCCCCUUCUAGAUAUUCAACAUCAUCUUACUGACAAAGUGUUUAGAGUACAACUGAAGAAAUCUUUUUCUAGGAAUUCUGAUGAAACACCAGCAAAACUGUUCAUUUUGUCAUUUGCUGAGAAGCAGGAUACUCUCCAAUUGCCAGCAGUAUCAACUUCUACAAAUACUGGAGAAAGCAGUAAAAGAGAACUUGAUAAGGUAUCAUCAGAAGAAGAACGAAAAAAACUAAUCAUUGGAAGAUGAGGAAGUACCUCAUCUGGCAAGAGACAGCAGACUGAGCGAACAACUCCAACCAAAAAAACUGCAUCUUUUGGCAAAAAGGAGGGUAUCGAACCGGUCACUCCAACUAAGAAAAAAGUAAAGUUCACUAUGACUAUGGCAAGCUUGUACAUAGGUCUUUUGGUGGCUUGUACAUACCAGACUUUUGAUGGUCCAGACAGUCAUGGAUCAGCAGUUAAAAUAUACAGGACUAUCCGUGCUUAUAGCUUUUAGCCUUACUUUUGCCCACUGUGAAAAUAUGUUUUUGUCAAAUAGCACUACUUGGGAGUCCUGUAACUAUAAUCUUAAACUGCUUGUUGAAAAAUGCAAUGUAAAUAUAAUCUACUUUUUGGUUUGAAUCAGAUUGUGCUUCUUAAAA